ACUGUCGUGUAACUUCCACUUUCUGUUGGUAGGGCGCCGAUUGGUAUAUAUAUUAUUAUAUACACAGGUAUGUUGAACGGCUCGCAAAACCGCAGAUAUUGAACAUAUAUAUCAUAAAUAUAUAGUGGACGAAUAAUGGCGGAGCGCACCAAAGUGACGGCUUUGGCUAACCGGCCUGUCCCUAUGAAAUUAUUUGCUACUUGGGAAGUGGAUCGUACACCUCCUAAUUGCAUACCAAGGCUAUGCACAUUGACAUUAACAAGACUCGUUAUACUCCGGCCUUUGGGUGUUGAUCUGGCGUCCAUCAGCAUUGCUGUUAAAAUGCAAAGCUCCAAAAGAACAUUGCGCUCGAAUGAAAUGACUAUACCGUCUGGAGGAAUGCUUGACACAGAGUUGGAAUUACAAUUUGCCUUACAAUAUCCCCAUUUUCUCAAGAGAGAUGGUAAUAAAUUAUUAAUAUUACUCCAGAGAAGAAAAAGAUAUAAAAAUCGAACCAUGUUGGGAUUUAAAACUCUAGCUGAAGGAGUUGUUAACAUGGCACAGGUUUUGCAAAAGGAAAUGGAUCUUGAAUUGGAACUUGUAUCAGACAAAGCUGAAAAAUAUGGUGGCUCUUCAGUGAUAUUGGCAAAAAUUAAUGUUAUUGGACUCUGUUCGCAACCCGUUGAUCAGGACAAACGGCUUAUAAGUGAUGCAAGUGAACGAUUAGGACCCGAAUAUAGUGACGAAGAGGAGGAAUUCAGUUCAGAGGGUGAAGGUGAAGGGAGUGAUUCUGAACCAACCCUAGAGGUACAUCGACGAAAGAGCCGAACGAAAAUGCCUGUUAACGCACGGCAACGGAAUUUAAAGCAAAAAUUUAUUGCUUUGUUGAAACGAUUCCGAGUAUCGGAGGAAUUGGAACACGAUCAAGAGGAAAUUGGCCAAAAAUUGUCAGGUGGCGAUAUGGAAAUUGAGGAACUCUUCGAUGAGUUGGAAGAUUUAUCAGAAAGUGGACCAGAAUUAGAUACAAUGUCUGUAAGCAGCACACCAAAGCCAUCUCUUCGGCCAUUUUUUAGCUCGAGUCGAUCUCUCUUGGCGCCUCCCAAUACAGUAGUUACCAGCGUGGAAAGUACAACGAAUUCACCGCCAAUAACGACAAUAUCACAACCAACAACUGGGCAGGUUAUCAAGGAGAGGCCACGUGUUGAACACACUACACCAGAAAGAUGCACAGACAGGCAGAGUGAUGACAGUUCAAGACGUGCAGACAGUGAUUCCCAUCCGGAAAAUUGGACUGAUUUUGAAGCAAACGAUGUGGCAAAUACAGUGACAGGCUCGCCCCCAAAAUUUGAUGGCCAACACAGCGUUAAUAAAUAUGAAAUUAAUGAUCGAAAAAGUCGCCUUUUCGCAAGAGACCGAGGAACCCCAGGAAAUAACAAGUCUAAAAAGCAUAGUCUCAGUGUUGAGCUGAAACCACCUACAGAAUUGAAUAGUUUAGAACCACGGAAGGCGUUGGUGGAGCAGUUGGUACGCAUUCUCCCUGAUGAUUGUCUACCGGAUUCGCUAGCGCUUGUAUCUUUGGUAGAUACUGGUGGUGCUGUGCUAGCAGCUCGUCUUCAAGAGCGCAAUCUCAGGGUAUUAACUAGUGCAUCACCAGCAGAUAUUCGUGCAACUUUCACUUGUCUCAUAACAAGAAUCCAAAAAUUUUGUAACAGUUCGGCAAAACCACCAACUCCAAUAAAAAUAGUUAUUGCAGGCGGUGAUGGAUUCGUUAAUGCUGUAUUGAAACACUAUGUUGAUCUUUUGAGUUUUCGUCCACCCGACUGGCAGAAUUAUUUGAGAUUUCUAAUUGUGCCACUUGGGUCAAAUACAUUAUCCAAAUAUCUGGCAUCUGUUGACACCAAGUACGCAAUGCUGUUCGGUGACGAAUGGAAAGAACUAUUUGAGCGUGAAGUUGGGGGGGCUGCAGAAGGAGCUGCUAGAGUUUCAGAGUAUCUAGCCAAUGUCGGUCCAACAUUAUUAUUACCAAUUGCCGAAGCAAUGGUAACAUAUAGAGAGACAGAUGAUAGUAGUCAAAUAUUCAUUCCCUUCGUAAACGACGUUCGUGUUGGUUGUCCUGAAAGCAGUGCUUCAGCUUCCGUUGACCUUGAUGAGAGUGGUAUUGCAAUGUCAGGUUCUCCACCCUCUUUGCCACCAACGUGCAUCUCAAUGCCACCACCUGGGAGAUUAACGCCUCCCAGCAGUCCAAACGUCAGUCAACCACGUGAAGGUUGGGAGCCCGUUGAAUUACAAUUGGAUUACUGGAGUAAAUCAACUUCCGGUGAUAAAGGAAAAAGCACAUUGAGGCAAGCUUUUCGUGCACUUCACGUACAAAGAGUGCCUAUUAUGGGUGAAAAUCCUGGGCCGCAUUUGUCAAUGAAUUACACAACCAAAGAGAAAAAACAAAAAAUCAUGAGAUUGGGAAAAAAGAAAGAAAAAGAGAAAGAAAAUGAGCCAAAAAGUCAGACAGUCGAUGGCGUAACGAGAUUGAUAUGUUCGGCAAAAACUCACAUUCCUUUGAGAGUGACAAUUGAUGGAACUGAGUGGUACGGAGUGAAAUUCUUUCAACUCUCAGCACAAUGGCAGACGCAUAUUAAAAAUUUUCCAAUAGCCAUGUUAGUGUACAGACCGCUUCAACAAACUCCGAAUUUUAUUUGAAAAAGUUGGUAAAAUUGCAGGCAUUGAAAAGAAUUCACAGCAAAACUAUUAUUAUUCCAUUAAAUUAUUUAAAGUUUAAAAAUAUCUGUUAGCCAAUUAUAGUAAUAUACUUAUAGUCAUGUUCAGGCUGAUAAAUUAUUUCAUUAUAUAUCGAUGUUUUCAAUUUUAGUAACGAACCGAAUGACAACCAGCAGUAAUAUUUUGUAUAUAACUUUCCCUGAAUACUGCGAUUGAGUUUUCCUUUAUGAAAUUUGUCGUCUUCAUAAGCCAUUGGUUCUAGUCGUAAUUUAAAGCUAUAAAAAAUUUUUAUGUAAAUUAAAUUAAAUAAUUGUCAUUCUAUUAUUUUUCCAUAUAUUAUUCCCAAAAACAACUGUUUCGUUGGUUCAGUAAUAGAGUGAUCCAUUAGUAGGAUUAUGAAAUUCAAUAAUAUGGGGCUAUAACACAUAUGCCCAGCUCAAUGCUUACAAUAAUUGAAGACUUAUAUUGUAAUGAUAAUAUUAUAGCAUAUAUUAUUGAGGAGAGAAUUUUUUGUUCUUUUCUUUUUUUUUUUUUUUUAUUUUAGCGACAAUCGACCUGCAAACAUGUGAAUACGAAUAUAUUUGAAUUGAGAUGAUCACAACUGUACUAGCAGAUAUAAAACUAGCUCAUUAUUAUUCACAGCAUUAGAUGUCCUUUAUGUGCUUACAGAAUGAUUAUUGAGAAGAGGGGGGUGGGCAUGGGGGUGGAAAGUACUAAAAAGUUUAAUUAAACUAGCUGUAUAAUUAUUCUUAUUCUAUAUAAUAGAAUGGAUUCAAUGCAUUCAAUGGGUGUUGAAUGUAAUUCAUGCUUCGACGAAUAUAUUUGUAAUAAUUAGAGUAUCGUUGACCGGGGAAUAGGUUAAUACGAUUAAGCUCAAGCCAUUUCAAACUUGCAUAUCACAUUUAUAUUUGUUAAAUUUCAAUUCUCAUGCAACUAAAGUGAUUAAAUUGAGCAAAUUCAUAUUUGGCAUAUCGAACAGAUUAUCUGUUGAUUAGGUCACGAGAAUGUGACAUCAGAGAAUGAAUCAAAUUUGCAUUGAUAUAAUGCUUGCUAUUCAUUUCACAAUAUAAUUGAAAAGACUACAUUUUCAACUUGGAUCGAUUUUUUUUUUUUUUUUUUCAAUUAAACAUAAUAAAACAUCUAUUAAACCUCAAUAAAUAAAAAUAAAUUACCAAUUCGAGUUAUUCACUCUACAGUAGAAUUAA